GCUCAGUCCUACCACGGCCGCUCGCCAGUCAGGAAGGAAGGAAGGAAGAGCGACGGAAGCUACUGAACCAGCCACAGCAUAGCCGCCCGGCCGCGUGCGGGCUCCACUCACACACUGCACACCACGAUGUCCGACACACACGGGCUGUCCGCUAUGCGCCGGCCGCUGCUGCCGCUACUGUUGCUGAUCAUCUACUGUCUCACGUGCUCGGCGGGGAACACCGAGUUCGCCCAAGUUCCACAGGCAGUGUUCCCCGGAAGGGCACCAGUGAACAGGGCACUCUCGCUGCAGCAGCAGACGCAGAUCCUGAAGGACAUCCAGCACCGCUUCACGCCCCUGCAGCUGCCGGCCAGCACGCAGCAGGGGCCGCUGCUCUACUCGCAGCAGUCCACCUUCCCCGGAGAGCCUCCGUCUCCGGCAGCCUCCGCCGCGCCAUCCCAGCAGCCGUCUCUCUCGCCGACGCCCCAACAGGUGUUCCCUACAGCUCAGCAAACACUGGCCACUGCUCAGCAGACGUUUGCUGCAAACACGCAGUCCGCGCCUCAGCAGGUGUUUGUUCCUUCCAACGGCGUACCUCUACAGUUCUACAGCUCGCUACCGCAACCCGGCGGAACAUUUUCGAUUACUCCUCAGCAGAGCAAAUACUCCGUCGAGGCAGCGCAGAACGCCCCACCGCCUCCCGCCGCUAGAGUGGCGCCGACAGAUUCCUCGAACCGAGUGCGACUGCUGCACAGUGAAGGUGCCGGCGAGCAAGUAUUUCUCCAGAGCGACAGGCAGCAACUGUUCCAGCAGAUCAAAGAUUACAGUGGCGGGCGCGAUGUAGCCGAGACGAGAUCUUCUGGAGCGGAGCCGACGCUCCAGCCGCAGGCGUCGUCCUUCAGACGUACCCCUGCAGCUACUCAAGCGUCGGCCUUCACACCGACGCUGACCUCUGCCCAGCGGGAGGAACAGAGGCUGCAGCCGCUACAAACACUCCUCCAGGAGCAGCCGUCCCGCUCUCAGAUUCCACAGACGACUUCGACACCCCGACCACAGCUCUACACCUCCCCGUCGCCCGCACCGGAGCAUCAGAAGAAGGCCGUUGAACGCUUGCAGACGCAGUUCCAGACACAACUGCAGCAGCGACAGGAACUCAUUCGCAAGCUGAAGUUGGCUAUUGCAAACGCUGAGGUCCCCAUCACCGCCGACCGUUCGCAAGUGGAGCCCAAACCUGGAAGUUCCGGCUCUCCUCCUCCAGUUAUCUACCUGGCAAAUGGGAACAAACUCCAGCUGGUUAACUCCGCUGACGAGGCCGCGCUUGCUGAUCCCUCGAAACUGGAAAUCAAAAAGGGACCCUCCGGGACUCCUCCUCCGGUUAUUUACCUCUCCAACGGCAACAAACUUCAGCUGGUAAGCUCACCUGAAGAGGCUGCACUUCUGCAGUCGUCGAUCCAGUCGACUACACCAACUCCUGUCACGACUCCACCGCCGCCAACAGUCUCGUUCGAGGAGCUGACCAAAGGGGUGCUACCACCGGGAGCUCAAUUCGAGGUGAUAAGGCACAAGCAGGAUGGUGGCCUCGAGGAAGUCGGGAACCUACCUCCCACGUUGCCACAGAAGAAAGUUACUUUUGUCUUCCUAGAAGAGCAACCGGACGGCACUAUCAAGGUUCAGGGAGUGAAAGGAAACACGGGAAAUGCGCAGAACGACGGACAGUCAUCUCCUCCUGACGUAGAUCAAAUCAUCAAGAAGCUCCAACAAGGAGAACUUAAGUUACCUCCGUCGAACAAGCAGCCUGAAGUUCCACAAUUCCUUCCAUCACCAGGUACUACUCCACAAGAAUCGUCUCCCUCAGCCACAUAUAUUUCAAGCAAACCAUCCAUUCAAAAUGUCCGGCCAACAGUACCCAAAAAUGCCGUGAUUCCCUCCCAAGUAAAAGAGCAACAGUUUACUCCAACAGACGGAAUUGCCAACCAAGUUUCUUACCAGUACUUCAACAUCCAGCCCUCUCGAGGCACGCAAUCAUUCUCUUCCAUCUCCUUCUCCCCGAGCGUGGACUCCCAAGCAUCGCCGUCGGCGUAUCCUGAGAUCGAAGCGACGAACCAGUUUGGCAGCACUCCCACCAUCCCGACGCCGGUUGCGCCUGGUCUGGCGAGGCAGAACUCCCCUACGAUCCAGGCGCCUACGGACGCCAGUGCAGAGUCGGUGUUUGUCUCAGCCUCGUCCUCACAGACGGUUUCUCCCAUCAGAAACCAGUUUGUCGACUUCGACGCAAAGCGACAGAAAACUCCACGCUUCCGUGUGGCCACGACUACAUCCACCACCUCAGCGCCUUUAACGUACCGUCCGCAAAUUUCUUACCGCAGAACAACGCCCUCAUCGGUUCGACUGCCAUCGUCGCAGAACUCCCGCAAGGAGUCGCCGAUACUCUACAGACCACGAUACCGCUCGACAACGCCAGCGACCACGUCAACUACAGCGGUGUACAGCACGCAGAGUAGCACUCCGUUCGAGGACCACACUGUCGCUCUUCUGAACCAGGUGAACGGCCAGGACACAGUACAGAAGCAGUCCGUCAAGAGUCACCACGUUCCGCCCGUUUCCAGAAAUGCGACCAAGUCCCUGUACGAGAGCUCCAGUUUCCUGAGAAACGCUGCCGAAGCGACCUCGCAGGAAUCCGUUUAUCAACAAACCUCACAAAACCAGACUCUGAGCGACGUGCUGAGAACUUCUGGCUUGUACGCUAUGGCGAGGUUUCUGAAAGAAUCUUCGUUGGACAGCAUCCUCAAUGACACUGGACCUUACACUCUGUUUGCGCCGACGGACAAGGCUUUCGAGGCGCUGCUUGUGCAGCUGGGAGGACCUGACCGAGCCGCGGAGAAGUUCCAGGAGAACCCCAGACUGCUCAGCGGGCUGCUGCUCCACCACGUGGUCCCCGGGGCCUUCCCGCUGGAGUCGCUGCAGGACGAGAUGACGGGCGUCAGUCUGGCCGGCACGCAGCUUCGGGUCAACACCUACACCACCCAGGAUGAGCAGUGGAACGACGUAAAGGUGACGACCAUCAACGGGGCGCGCGUGCUGUCGCGGCAGCACGACGUGCCGGUGCCGCAGGGCGUGCUGCACGCGGUGGACCGCGUCAUGUUCCCGCUGCCCGUGGGCGACGCCUUGCAGACGCUGCUCGCAGACCGCGAGCGCCGCUUCGAGUCUUUCCUGCGGGCCGUGCGCACCUCGGGGCUCGCUCCCGUCCUCUCAGGCAGCAAGACGCACACGGUGUUCGCGCCGACGGAGCGCGCCUUCGCCCGGCUGUCGGCGGCCAAGCGCGCGCGCCUGCUGUCCGACCCGGAGGCGGCGCGGCUGCUCGUCUCGCGACACGUGGUGCACGGCGCGCUCUACAGCGCGGGCCUGCGCUACUACCAGCUGCGCGACGCGCUCGCGCCCGACAGCGCGCUCACGCUCACCGUCAACGCCGCAGGUCAGCUAAAGGUAAAUUCUGUUCUGGUUGUGACGCAGAACAUACCUACAACAAAUGGCGUUAUUCAUGCUAUUGACAGCCUUUUAUGAAGCUACCAGCAAGUGUGCACAGACAGAAGAAGCUGCCAUGAUUUUCCAGGUUCACAAUUCAGUGAGCAUGCCUGGAAAUAUAGUCAUAUGGGACAAACAAAUACUGUGUUGUAGACCAGAAACUACUCCACAAAAAAUGUCGUCACGCAAUAGGGAAUCAGUUUUAAAAGAACAUUUAUAAGUCUGAAUGUGAUAUAUGAAGAGACUCUCUUACAAAACAUCACGGUAUUUUAUAUGAAUUGUGUAUGCAUUUGCAAUGAUCAGUGAUUGUUCAUUGUUAUGACAAAAUAUAUUUUUACCUCAUGAUCCUCCUGCUGGAGAGUGAGCUGCCUGAGCAUUACAUAAAAUUGCUCAUAAUUCAAAACUACAUGAAACUUUAGCAUAAUCAUAAUUUUUUGGACAUUGGCAAGUCACCUACAAAAGUAUACACUGGUAAUAGAUUAUGAAAGCAUGUUUUAAAGAGUAAGUUACUUCAGGUUUUGUGAAGUCAUCCCAUAAACAGUUAAACUAUAUUUUAAUGCAAAAACUGAUACAGCAAUCAGUAAAGCCAUUUGCACUUCUAAUGUGGAUUUGUAGCCCUAAGAAUCAAAAGAGUCAAAAUCAUUUAUUUCUCUACAUAUCUUAGAGUACAUGGUAAAUCAGAUAUGAAUACUACAACUGCCAGUGCUCUAUUACAAAGUAUGAAUAAUGUUCAAAUGAAUGUAUGCUUUUGAUUUCCAUUACCUGCAAAGCUGGUGCAAUUUUUGAAUGUGUGAUGCUCCCAAUAAUGUGUGAAUGAUGUAAAAUUUAUAGAUGUUAAGUAGAAAGUAUAUGUAGUAAAUUAUGACUUUAUACAAACUGUAAAUGAAGUUUUUUUAAUAAAC